AUGGCCGCCCAAUCCAAAGUAUCCCUGAUAUCCCCUCCCGGCGACCGCACCAUCCGCAACCUCAUCGCCCAGCUCACGCAGCUGUACCUCUCGAACCGGACGCGCAUCUCGCGCGCCGUGUGGAUAACCCUCUUCGUCGCCCUCGCGAACCGCAUCCGCCAUGCCAUAUCCGAACAGAAGGCCGCGUCCGUAAGGGACGCCGCCGCCCGCGAAUCCCGCGCUCCGCUGCAGGCCGUCUCCGACGAGGAUGUCACUAAGAAGCGCAAGAAGGUCGAACUGAACCGCGAGUUCUUCAAGUCUCUGUUGCGCCUGCUCAAGAUCGUCAUACCCGGCUGGCGGAGUAAAGAGGCGCGGCUGCUCAUCAGUCAUUCCUUCUUCCUGGUCGUGCGAACGUUGAUCAGUCUGAAGGUCGCGGCGAUGGACGGUGCGAUUGUCAAGAGUUUGGUCAAGGGCAAUGGAAGGGAAUUCUUGAUGCGCAUCGUGUGGUGGAUGCUGAUCGCCAUACCGGCAACAUUCACGAACUCAAUGUUAUCCUACCACCAAGCAGAGUUGUCGCUCAAGUACCGGACACGGUUAACGCAGCACAUCCACGACAAGUACCUCUCCAAGCUGACAUUCUACGGCAUCUCCGCCCUCGACGACAGGAUAAACAACCCUGAUCAGUUGAUCGCGGUCGAUGUCGCAAAAUUCUCCAACAGCUUAGCUGAGCUGUACAGCAACCUGGCAAAGCCGAUCCUGGACAUGACCAUCUACACACACUCCCUAUCUCGCAGCGUCGGAGGCGAAGGCGUCGUCUCCAUGGCCCUCCUCGUCCAGCUCUCCGCGAACGUGAUGCGCGCCCUCACACCUCCCUUCGGCAAAUACGUCGCCGACGAGGCCCGCCUCGAGGGCGAGUUCCGCUUCCAGCAUUCCCGCCUCAUCGACCACUCCGAAGAGGUCGCCCUCUACCACGGCCACGAGGCCGAGAAGGACACCCUCGACAAGGGCUACUUCACCCUCAUCAAGCACGUCAACUACAUCCUCCGCCGCCGCUUCUACCACGGCUUCAUGGAGGACUUCGUCAUCAAGUACUUCUGGGGCGCCCUCGGCCUCCUCCUCUGCUCCGUCCCCGUCUUCGUCAAGAUGCCCGGCCACAUCUCCAUGAACAUGGGCGACCGCACCGAGAGCUUCGUCACCAACCGUCGCAUGCUGCUCUCCGCCUCCGACGCCUUCGGCCGCAUCAUGUUCUCCUACCGCGAGAUCAUGGAGCUCGCCGGUUACACCUCCCGCGUCGACUCCCUCCUCGAGGUCAUGAACGACAUCCGCGCCGGCCGCUUCGAGAAGAAGCUCGUGUCCAGCUCCGGUACCGAGGACAACGAGGCCAUCCUCAAGGGCCGCGGCACCGUCGUCGAGAGCAAGGAUAUCGAGUUCAUCAACGUCCCCAUCAUCUCACCAAACGGCGACGUCCUCGUCCGCGCCCUCUCCUUCUCCCUCAAACAGGGCGACCACCUCCUCGUCUUCGGCCCCAACGGCUGCGGCAAGUCCUCCCUCUUCCGCAUCCUCGGCGGCCUCUGGCCCGUCUACGGCGGCACCGUCUACAAGCCCCCCUUCUCCGACAUCUUCUACAUCCCCCAGCGCCCCUACCUCUCCCGCGGCUCCCUGCGCCAGCAAAUCACCUACCCGGACUCCCUCCGCCAGAUGCGCGCAAAGGGCGUCACCGACGCAGACCUCCUCUCCAUCCUCUCCCUCCUCGGUCUCGAGCACCUCCCCGAGCUCUACGACCAGGGCUGGGACGCCGAGGCCGAGUGGCGCGACGUCCUCUCCGGCGGCCUCCAGCAGCGCGUCGCCAUGGCCCGCCUCUUCUACCACCGCCCCCGCUACGCCAUCCUCGACGAGUGCACCUCCAGCGUCACCCUCGACACCGAAAAGGUCAUGUACGACAACGCAAAGGCCCUCGGCAUCACCCUCAUGACCGUCAGCCACCGCCGCAGCCUCUGGAAGUACCACAGCCGCAUCCUCCAGUUCGACGGCCAGGGCAACUACGUCUUCACCAAGCUCGACGCCGAGCGCCGCCUCAAGCUCGAGGACGAGAAGGAGGAUCUCGACGUCCUCCUCCGCCAGGUCCCCGAGAUCGAGCGCCGCAUCGCCGAGUUGACGGCCGCGUAG